AUGCCUCCCCGCAAGCCCCGUUGCAAUUUCAAGGAGUGCAAGGAGGCCGCUCAGCGGAUCGUGGGUGACUGUAGCUUUUGCCACGGCCACUUCUGCUCGAAGCACCGCAUGCUAGAGGCCCACUCCUGCACCGGUUUAGAGGAUUGCAAGAAGGAAUCCCACGCCCGCAAUGCCGACAAGUUGAAUAGCGAGCGGACUGUCGUUGUCAAGGGCGUAUGA